GUGCGCUCGAUGCGACAGUGCUGCCAGGUUAUACAGGCCGCUCCACUUCCUCGUCAGUGUUUCUGUGUGCGUGCAAAAAUACGGCAAGUUUUGUUCGGUCCUGAAGUUUUAGAAGCGCCGACACAAUGCCCGCCGAAGUCGAAAAGGCACCGGGGGACCAGGCCAGCGAGACCAAGCCCACAGAGGAGCCUCCCAAGACCGUAUUGACCCUCGAAAUCCUGCAGGUAAUAAAGGAUGCUCAGCAGAAGCAUGGGCUCAGGCAUGGAGACUACCAGCGUUACAGGGGCUACUGUAGCAGACGUCUUCGUCGUCUGCGCAAGUCGCUGCACUUCCUGCAGGGCAACAAGCACCGAUACCAGGGACGCGAGGUGACGGACGAGCUCCUCGGGGGUGGCGACGCCCGCUACCUGCUCAUGGUCGUCGUCCAGUGUGAGCGGGCGUGGGCGCAUGCCAUGCAGCUGCGUCAGGAGGCCAACACGGAGCCGCGCAAGCGGUUCCACCUGUUCGGCCGUCUGCGUAAGGCUGUCAAGCAUGCGCAGGCCUUGGAAGCGCUGUGUACAGCAUCGACACGAUGCGAUGCUCGUUGCAAGCUGGAAGCACAGGCCUACUGCGCUUAUCUUGAGGGAACCCUGCACACCGAACUGCAGCAGUGGAAGGAAGCCAUGGAGAGCUUCAGCAAGGCGCAGACCAUCUACGAGAAGUUGGCUCAGGCUCUCGGAGAGGUUCCGCGUGCCCUCUACCAGCAGCGGGUGGACGAGCUGAGCCCAAGCCUGCGCUACUGCGCGUACAACAUCGGUGAUGAGACGGCCAUCACGGACCUGAAGCGCAUGCGGCUCCAGGGCAAUGUUACCAUGGGCAACGAGCUGGACCACCUGAUUGAGCAGGCGCGCGAGAAGCAAGCAAGCAGCCUGUCGGAGGUGACGUGGCUGGGCCGCACUGUGCCCGUGCGGCACGAGAAGGUGCGCCUGUUUCUGUUGGCCGCACAGGAGGCUCCCCGCGAGCUGGCGCAGGCGCCUGACAUCGAGGCCAAGAUUGCUGUGCACGAGCGGCUGCUUUUUGACUGCAAGGACGCCCUACAGCUCCUGCGUGAAGACCUGCGGGCCGAAGGAGGUGGUGGUCCUCCGGGCAAGGGCCCGGUGUCCGCACUGCAGCUGCUGCACUCGUACCUAGUGUACCUGCGCCAGCGCACCACGGUCGAGCGAAACCUGCUGCUCAUUCGCCAGCUGGAGGAGAAUGAGUCGGGCCCCAAGAAGCCCCAGGACCUCGUCCGGCCGUACGAGAUUAUUGUCCAGUGCCUGGGCGAGAUGCUGCAGCUGCCCGGCGUGGAAGAGGGCUCGGAAUUUGCGGAGCAGGUCCAGGCGGAGCUGUUGCUGUUCAAGGCGCACAGGGUCCGCCACAUUGGGCAGGCACUGGCCGCGGCAGGCCGCUACCCGGAGGCCAUGGCGCUGUAUCGACGCGGUCGCGACUAUGUCAAGCAAGCCCUUGCCGUCUCCACUCAUCUGAGCAAGGAGGCAGUGGCUUCGUUGAAGGAGCUAGACGGCAUCCUAGAGGGCCAGGUGUACUCCGUGCACGCUCAAAGCAUUCUCGGAUCAGAGGCUGAAGCACCCACACCUGAGGAGAACAAGGAGGUUCAGUUACUGGUAGACCGCCUGGACACUUAUCUCGAGGACAAGAGUCUGACAACCUCAAAGCCCAACAUUGCCGCCUUUCCGCCGCCAUUCGAGCCCAUUCCGUGCAAACCGCUGUUCUUUGACCUUGCCCUCAACCACAUCGAGUUUCCAUCGCUCGACGAUGUUGUCGACACAAAGAAGGGCCAGGGCUUGACAGGCUUUGUCAAGGGAUGGCUGGGCGGAUGGAAAAAGUAGCCUCCAGUGUUUGCUAGCUGCCGUGGCCUGGAUCGAACCCGCUAACUCAAGCUGAGCAACGUCGACGUCAUAGCUACUGGGCUACCACGGCUGGUAAUGUGCCGUCACUGAGUACAAAUGUGGCACCACUGGCAUGUUCAUUUGAACGGCUGCAUGAAGUAUGCUUACAUUCACGUUCACAAAAAUGAACAGAAAAAUUCAUUAUGACAUGACUUUGUGAGUGUUGUGCACACAGCAUAUAUGCGCUGCACUGACCUGAAGGACUCUGUUGGCAAUGCUAAGAGGAAAACAGCUGGAACAAAGCAAAGUAAGUGAUAAGUAUUGUAAAACAAAAAAGCACACCUUUCCCUUCAUCAAUUUGCUUUAGAAAGGCAGCAUUCAUUCAACCAGAAAGACAAUUUAAAGUUGUGAUCAUUCUUGUACUUCUUGAAAGCACAACAGAAGUACAAAAUAUAGAAUGUGCAAUAUACGAGCGAACCAAAGACACUAGAGAGGUUGCGGGUCCGUUAUUCUGGUAUAUACGGAUUACCGUGUUGCCGGAGGCGACUUUACGCGUACCA